UGUAGCAUCAAGAUCAAGAUCAAAACCACUGUUUUGUGUACCUUACUCUGUAACACUUAUCUUUAGUUUCAGUUAGUUAUUACUUGUGCCAUCAAAUUUAUUCGUAAUGUCCAUCGAGGAAGAUGAAGACGCCAGCCUAAAGGAGCUUGUUACCAAGACUCUGCAAACAAACGGAGUCCUGGGCAAGAUUCAGGCACAACUUCGCGCAAGUGUUUUCCUGACACUGGAGGAGGAAUUCAAUGAUAAGGGCAUUCCAUUAGUCAGCCCGCCAACACGACAAGUCUUAGGCACACAUGAGGGGGCUGUUGCUGCUUGUCUUGUGCAGGACUUUCUUCAGUGCCUUGGCCUGGAUUUCUCACUGGCAGUCUUUUCUCCAGAGUCUGGUCACCCAUCACUUUGGUCUUAUCCUGGCUCAGAGGCUCUGUCUUCCUCCCUUGGUUUAGCCUCUGGAAGAGGAAAAAGGGGCAUUAAUGAUGACAAAGGUCACAGUAUUCCUCUUUUGAUUGAACUUCUGAGAGAGAGGGAAGUUUUACCUUUAACCAUCCAGGAGCAAAAUGGGGAGGCAAGCAGCAUCUCAACCAGCAGCAGUAAUUGCAAUAGAGAACAACAUUCAGUGCAGCAAAAGAAACAACUGCAGGAUGGAGCCAGCCAUUCCCCAGACUAUUUACAAAAAGCUCCUGAGAGCCAUUUGUGGACAAAGAGAGAUACUGGAGAGAGACAUGAAGCAGAAGAAAUGCAGGCAUCACCCAGUCUCCUUCCCUUGACUCUUGAAAAUGGGAGAAAGAGAAAUGAAAUUAUUUUAGGGUCUCAGAAGACUACUGGGUUGUUAGACCUGCCUCCACCACUUGAGAGUAAACCUGAGAGUGAUACUUCCAUCAAUGGCAAAGAUAAACAAUAUGAGGAUGACUUCUCUUCCAUGAGUGAGAAAUAUGGCCAUGAUGACGAAGAGGAAGUAGAGGAAGAUAUUGAAGAAGAUCUAGGGGACAUAUCUGCAGAUGAUCUGUUGAACUCAUCUGCAUCAGGGGUUUCAGAUCUCACACAAGACCAGUCACUUUCCGAGGUCAGCGGUGCUCCAGCUUACCAAGAAAACAUUUAGUACUUUUUCAGUGUUUCUUUCCUUUCCAUAAACAAAUUUAGUUUCUUCAUCAUUGUGCUAGUGCCAUUCCAUUUCUUAGUCUAUAUUGUUGCAUAGAAGUAAUGUGUAUUGACACAAAUAAAAAAUUAACAUAUAAUGUAAUGUGGAAGAAUGAAUUUUCUAAGAACUCAUGGAUACUGAGAUUUUUUUUUUUAUUUAUUUAUUUAUUUAUUUAUUUUUUUUUUAUCCAUGUGUAGGUAUCAUGUUGAGAUAUAAGGUAGAUUGUUGUCAUCUACAUAUCAUAUGCAAUAGAUACUUAAAUAUGAUGAGAGCCAACAAGACUUUUAAUCUUAGGAUUCUAAAACAGAUAUUCUAUUCAAGAUCUUAACACAUCUCAGAACCAACACAUCAAACUAUUACAAUAAAGAUUUUUGCUACUGUAACAAACGGUUGUUAUACAAUACCAAAUACUUUUUUUUUUUUUUGUCAGACUGAACUUAUUCCAUCCAUCACCACACCACUACAGUUCCUCACACGUUCGACUGCACUACAGCAGUUGUUGUAUGCCUUAAAACCAUCCCUCCCUGCCACCCGUCCAUAUGUUAGAGCCUAUUAGGGGUACUGUAUUGCUCUAGCAUGUCUUUGAUUGCUACUGCAAAUUAUAAAAUAUGCUUGAGAAAGAUAAUCAGUCACAUAGUGAGACCCUCCAUUAACAUGUAAAAUCAACAUGAUUGUAAUGCAAAAUUAAAGUAGUAUAUAAGUUUUUGAAAUUAAUAAAUGUUUUAACAAUU